AAAUUAUAGGUGAAGGAAAUAAACGAUCUGAGAAACUCAACCAAAAGCAUUUCUACAGAGAAACCAAUGAAUUUGCCUAAAUCGACUGGCGAUUCAAUGGAAAAAAUUAUGCCAUUUGAGGAGUCACAUCCACACAAAUGUACAAAAAAUGAUGGAGAAAUUAUUGUGAUUGAAGAUGAUAUUGCAUCUACAGUUAAACUUUCUAUGCAUCCAAAAGGUUUGGCUGACUUGCAAGACAUUGAAGGAGAAAUUCAACAUUUAACGGAUCUGAAUGGUAGCUCGGAAAAGAAUAAAAUAUGCUUUAAUGAAAAUGACAUGUUGGAGCUGCCAUCAUUGUCACCGAUCGAUGUACAUCAUGAUGUACACUUCUCAAGACUACGAAUUAAUUGGGAUGGUGCACCGGAGUUUCAGUGGAGAACUGUCAAUGAAGAGAACGACAAGAAGCUGUUGAAGAUAGAAAAUAUAAUGCCAUCGGAUAUGCAUAAUCCAUGGUUGUAUCCAGUAGUGUUGAGUGCAUCUCGUGUGGAGACUGAUUUUCCGUGUUUGUCUUUCAACGAAGGAACCAAUUUCACAUUUGGAAAAAUAAAUUUAUAUUUCCCAGACAACAAUACGCUUGCCUUCUGUACAUUGAACUAUCUUGUUUAUAUGAGAACUACAGCGGGUCGCAGAGCCAAGAUCUUUCUUCCGCAAACAAAGUCUAUCACGAAAUUCGGUAGAAGUUUGGAGAAAAGAUUGGGACGUUUGCGUAUGCCUACACAGGAUAUGUGUCAACUGCUUAUGAAGCCAGUACCUGAUGGGAUAACUGAAAAGCAUAUUCGUAACAAUGUAUUUCCUCAUUGGGAAAUUACAAAAAUUGAAUUUAAGCAGGAUUCACUGGAGCAGCAGUGUUCAGUUCUCACAUUUCCAUCCGCCCAGCUUGCGAUUGCAGCUCAUUGUACGACAAAUUAUGUAACAUUUGAAGAAAACAGUAGUACUGCAGCCAUUUUAUAUUCUACCGUGGCAAUUCCGAAAUGGGAUGAAGGUGAAAACUUGUUGGUAGCAGAUGAAAUGAAAAGCAGAGAUGCAUCUCCUUCGUUCAGCAAAGAAGAGAAUAUGGAAAAGCAGGUUAAAAAACAUAUCAACAGAGAAAUGGAAAGGGAACAGACUAAGGUUAAAACAAAGGAGCAAAAAACUGAACGGAAAUUCAAAGAAAGGAUGGCAAUAGAGGGAAGUUCGAAAAGUAUGAAAAAUUGUAGAAUGCAAAAGAGACAAGCUGCAAGGCGGAUCAACAAAAGCAUUUUUGGUAAACCAAGCAAUAAAAUUCCGCAUAGAAGUUCUUAUCGUGCUUUGUCAUCCGUAUUUUCUAAUUCAUAUUCUUCGGCAAAAUUGCUUAACCAGAGACAUUAUACCAAUGCUCGAUCAUUGCAUCCAAUUCGUGACAAUUUUAUAUACAAUGAAAAUGGCAUGAAUGAACUCGAUGCAAUAAAUGGAUUCACUUUCAAUGGUCCGUAUGAUUAUCAAAAUCCAGGGUACACUGUUGAUGGAAUUUAUACUGGUACGUUGAACCAGACAUCAUGGAGAAAUGAUUUUGGAAACAAAUCCAUGCCAUCAGUUAAACGUGCGAAUUGCAGUUCUUUGGGAUCCUGGCUUGGACAUUCAUUAAUUUGCGGAAGAACAAAUGUCGGAAAACCUUACCAUCCAUUCGGCAAUUAUCGACGGUUCAGAAAUGAACAUCAACGUCAAAAUCAGGAUUUCUCUCGAAAUCACGGGACCGAUGUUCAACAAUCUUCCUUUAGCACAGGAAUGAUGACCAAUAAUUAUAGGGCGCAGACAUUUCCUGGAUUAGUAGAUAACAUUUAUAGGAGGCAAACAUGUCAAUUCCCGCCAGUUCCGAUGAUGAAACAUAUUCAAGAAGAGAGAAAGAAAUGGUCAUAUGAGUUGCAGGGAUUACACCAACAGGAAUUCAUUAAAAAUCGUAACAUGGACAAGCAGAGUUAUUAUCCAUGGUGAAAAUUUUUCUGGACUUCAAUAUUUGGUAAAAGUCAUUUUGAGAACGAGGAAAAAAAAUAUUGAUGCAUUUUUGUAUUUAUUGUUUUGGUUUUUCAAAAUGAUUAGUAUUCAACUUGUCAAAUACAACUUUUCUGCUUGAAGUCCAUUCAAAUAUUCCCUUUAAUCCAGAUAUAUGUAUGAAUGCCACCAUUAACUGAUCCAUAUAAGCAGC